AUGUUUGGUGGCAGGCGCGGGCUUACGAUUCGAUUCCGCAUAUAUCUUCUCCGAGCUCGCACACUCUCUCCCUCUUCUUGUCCACUCCACGACAACAACAUCCCCCGACCUUGAUACCAACCCUCGUCGAGCAUUGCAUAUCGUACCGAGCUUGAGAGUCCGAACCACUACGUCAACCACUCCACGCUUCCUUUCCUGCUUGAACCGCCCUUCCUCUACACUCCACCCAGCUCGAGGUGCAUACCUCGCCGCCAUCGACGACCAUGUUCGUCUACAAGCGCGAUGGCCGCAAGGAACGCGUCCAAUUCGACAAGAUCACAGCCCGUGUCUCCAGGCUCUGUUAUGGCCUUGAUCCAGAACAUGUCGACUCGACAGCCAUCACCAUGAAGGUGAUUAACGGCGUUUACCAGGGCGUCACCACAAUUCAGCUCGACGAUUUGGCCGCCGAGACUGCCGCGUACAUGACCACCACCCACCCAGACUACGCCAUCCUCGCCGCUCGUAUUGCCGUCUCGAAUCUCCACAAGCAGACAAAGAAGCAGUUCUCUGCUGUGGUAUCGGAUCUCUACACCUACGUCAAUCCGAAGAACAACAAGCCGUCUCCGAUGAUCUCGGACUACACAUACAAAGUGGUAAUGGAGCACGCAGACGAACUCAACUCUGCUAUUGUCUACGACAGAGAUUUCAACUACCAAUACUUUGGCUUCAAGACGCUAGAGCGCUCAUACCUGCUCCGAAUUAACGGCAAGGUUGCCGAGAGACCACAGCACAUGAUCAUGCGCGUAGCAGUCGGGAUUCACGGAGAUGAUAUCGAGGCCGCCAUCGAGACAUACAACUACAUGUCGAAUAAGUACUUCACACAUGCAUCACCAACACUGUUCAGCGCUGGUACGCCGAACGCCCAGUUGGCCUCAUGCUUCCUCAUCGACAUGAAAGAUGACAGCAUUGAAGGCAUUUACGACACACUGAAAAUUUGCGCCAUGAUCUCGAAGAAUGCUGGUGGGAUCGGUCUCAACUGUCACAAGAUCCGUGCCACCGGAUCCUACAUUGCUGGCACGAACGGCACAUCAAAUGGCCUGAUUCCCAUGCUUCGGGUCUACAACAACACAGCUCGCUACGUCGAUCAAGGUGGCAACAAGCGUCCUGGCGCGUUUGCCAUUUAUCUCGAGCCAUGGCACGCCGAUGUCAUCUCUUUCAUGGAUCUCCGCAAGAACCACGGAAAGGAAGAAGUUCGUGCUCGCGACCUGUUCUUCGCCCUGUGGAUCCCCGAUCUGUUCAUGAAGCGUGUGGAACAGAAUGCCGAAUGGACUUUGAUGUGCCCCAACGAGUGUCCCGGUCUUGCUGAUGUGUAUGGCGACGAAUUCGAGGAGCUUUAUACUCGCUACGAGAAGGAAGGUCGGGGACGCGAGACUGUCCGUGCUCAGAAGGUCUGGUAUGCCAUUCUGGAGGCCCAGACGGAGACUGGCGGACCCUUCAUCCUCUACAAGGAUGCUGCCAAUCGCAAGAGCAACCAGAAGAAUCUCGGAACGAUCAAGAGCUCCAACUUGUGCACAGAGAUCAUUGAGUACACUGCACCUGACGAGGUUGCCGUAUGCAAUCUUGCGUCUCUUGCUCUGCCAACCUACGUCGACCUCGAGAAUGAGAAGUUUGACUUCCAGAAGUUGCAUGAGGUUGUCCAGGUGGUUACCAAGAAUCUGAACAAGAUUAUCGAGGUCAACCACUACCCAGUGCCAGAGGCCAAGAAGAGUAACAUGCGCCAUAGACCCAUCGGUCUUGGUGUUAGCGGUCUUGCCGAUGCCUUCCUUGCUCUUCGCAUGCCAUUCGAGUCGCCCGAGGCUCGCCAGCUGAACAUCCAGAUCUUCGAGACGAUCUACCAUGCUGCUCUUACCGCCUCUUGUGACCUGGCCAAGAAGCUUGGUCCUUAUGAGACCUACGAAGGUUCUCCAGUCUCAAAGGGCGAGCUUCAAUACGAUAUGUGGGGUGUGACUCCGUCAGAUCUUUGGGACUGGGACUCAUUGAAGGCCAAGAUUGCUGAGCAUGGUGUGCGAAACUCGUUGCUCGUCGCUCCUAUGCCUACUGCAUCCACUUCUCAGAUCAUGGGAUUCAACGAGUGCUUCGAGCCAUACACCAGCAACAUCUAUUCACGCCGUGUGCUUGCUGGCGAGUUCCAGGUAGUCAACCCAUGGUUGCUCAAGGAUCUGGUCGAUCGUGGUCUUUGGUCCGAGAACAUGAAGAAUCGCAUCAUCGCUGAUGGUGGAUCUAUUCAGCGUAUCCCCAACAUUGGCGACGAUCUCAAAGCCCUCUACAAGACUGUAUGGGAGAUAAGCCAGCGUAACAUUGUCCAGAUGGCUGCCGAUCGCGGUGCCUUCAUCGAUCAGUCGCAGAGUUUGAACAUCCACUUGAAGGAGCCCACCAUGGGCAAGAUUACAAGCAUGCACUUCACAGGCUGGAAGCUCGGCCUCAAGACUGGCAUGUACUACCUUCGCACACAAGCCGCCUCUGCGCCUAUUCAAUUCACCGUCGACCAAGAGAUGCUCAAGGUCGCCGACACAAACAUCUCUCGCACUGGCGCCGCCAAGAAGCGCAUGGCAUCUGGUGCGUACAAUGCAGUCAGCGCCCCAAAGCCUUCAUCGCCCAAGCCUAUGUACGAGAACAAGGAGCCACAGAAAUCUGCUGCUGCACCUGAAGAUGUGGUCACGCCUGCCGCCACACCACCGCCGGAGGUCGAGCGACCUCAGCCAAAGAAGAGGACAUUCGGUCGCACUUCAUCUGCCGUCGUCAACCCACCUUUCCCAGCAGACCUUGAUGAAGGCGAGAGCCCCGAAACACUACCCACUGAUGGUCUCGAUGCCGUUCCAAAGCAAGAAGAGCUCCCAGAGCCAGCUGUCAAGAAGGGCGGCGACGAGGCCGAGGAGAAGAAGGAUCCCCGCGAGGGGGACAUCUAUGCCGAAGCUGCCUUGGCUUGCAGCAUAGAAAACCCAGAGGCAUGUGUCAUGUGCAGUGGUUAGAUGCAUACGAGGAUGUGUGUGCUUAUGAUCUAAUUUGUCACCAUUAUGGAAGAAAGGCGCACGACGGAAUGACUGAUGGAAACUGGACAUUGGUGUUUUUGGACUCUUUUUCGCUGCCGCUAAUCGUGGGCAUGCUGUGCUGCUGUAUCAGGAUAUACAUACCAUUGGCUUUCCACUAUCACCAUUGCAAAAUUGUGUCAUUCCUCUUCAAUCUAUCGCUGUUA